AUGCUCCCGCUCGCCCUCCUCCUCCCCGCGCUCACGCUCGCCACACCCGCACCCAGCUUUGCUUCCGACACAUCCACCGACAUGGACGCCGUCAUCCGCGGCGGCACACCUUGCGCCUCGCACGCCGUGCUCUUCGCCCGCGGCACCUUCGACUCCGGGAAUCUAGGCGUGUGGGUCGGUCCCUUUCUCAAAGACAGCGUACUCUCCGCCUUGGCCGGCGACGUGCACGUCCAAGGCGUCAACGCGGGGGACUAUGCUGCCAAUCUCGCCGACUACGUCAAAGAAGGAGGGAGCGAAAGUUGCGCAGACGCGUGCGCGAGGACGGUAGAUGCGUAUGUGGAGAAGUGUCCAGGGGCGAAUGUGUUUGUGUCGGGGUGGAGCCAAGGUGCCCUCUGCGCCCACAAAUGCGUCAACCGCAUCUCGCCCAACGCAGCCACCCAGCUCAAAGGGCUCGCCACCUUCGGCGACGAAAACGCCCUGAUGGACGAGCCGGAGCUUGUUCCGUCUGGGCUGCCGUUCAAAGCAUACUGCAACGAGGACAACACAUCUCCGGACCUGUUGUGCACGCAAAGCGCCCUGUCAGGUGUCGACCUGCCCUCUAGCAUCGCUGCAUGGAAAGCUGAGGUGUACGAUAAUCUCGCGCUGCUGAAGGAUGUAGCAACGAACCCUGCGCAGUUGAAAGCUGCCGCCGCAUUACCUGUGUCUAUACUCAGUGGCUUCUUUGGCGUCUCACGGUACUUCCUGCUCGAUGUCGCAACCGGGAAUGUGAGGAGGUGGCUUGUGCUUCCGCCGCAUUUUGUGUAUGGGAACAAUGGUAUGGCGGACCAGGCGGCGAAGUGGAUGGCGAGCUUGGUAUGA